AUGAAACUUCGUCCCCAACUAUAUAUGUCAACUAAUAUCGUAACAACUAUCAUACAUGAAUUGGCCGCGCCAUUUCAACAUCAGCAUCAAGAUGCUUGGGAAUAUCUUCCCUAUCCUGAUGAUAAAUUCGAAGAUAGCUUUGAUUUAGCAUGCGCAGUUGGUGAUCGAUUUGCUUUUAAUCAAAUAUAUAAUUACAACGAUAAAAAUUUUGUCCCGGGUGUACCUAUCAUCAUAUCAAUUGAAUCACAAUCUUUCCAUAAUAAAUUUUCAAUAUUAUUCAAUCCGUAUUUGUACGUUGUUACAAUUCAACAUGGUUCAUUCGAAGGUGUCUUACACAAAUGUUAUAAUGAUUUUGUUGAAUUACAUAAAGGUUUACUCAAAUUUGUUGAAACAGAAACAAAUAGAACAAUUGAAAGCUUAAAUAAGUAA